CAAGUAUUUACGGUCCUCGGCUCCUGGAGAAUGACCCUCAUCCCCGACACAUUCAGAGCUGCCGAGGAAAAACACACCUCUCUUCAUUAAACUCAACUAGGUUUACUUUUAUCUACUUGGAAGCUUUUUCUUGGGUUUCUUUAAAAGAAAAGUAAAUAAAUAAAACUGCCAUUCCUGAAAGUUGGGAGAAACAAGGUUUCAGAAACUUCCCUGUGCUAACUUGAGAGUGACCCACCCCCAUCCCGACCCCCCCACCCUCUGACAUGUCUUCUGAAGCUGCACCCAUCCAGGGGCCUCGGCCUAUGACCCCUCCACUGCCCCCUGCCAAAUCUCCAAGUUCUCCAGAGUCCCUGCUGCCUCCAGACUAUAAGCUACGGGAACGCUCGCCUUCCCCCAUGAGGGGUUACCUCAUCCCCAGCCCUCUGCCCACUCGCAGGAACAGGACCUACUCAGCGACGGCCCGUGCAGCAGAGGGUCCAGUGUUUACAGGAGUGUGUAAAUGUUUCUCCCGCUCCAAGGGCCACGGCUUCAUCAUACCGUCGGACGGAGGCAACGACAUCUUUGUCCACAUCUCAGACAUUGAGGGGGAGUACGUCCCAGUGGAAGGUGAUGAAGUGAGCUACAAGGUCUGCGCCAUCCCACCCAAACACGAGAAGGUCCAGGCAGUGGAGGUGACCAUCACCCAUCUCAAGCCGGGAACCAAACACGAGACCUGGGCAGGAAACAUCGUUCAUGACUGAGCGGGAGCACUUGGGUGGGGUGGGGGUGGGGUAAAGAAGAAACUGUGAGGGAUGAAAGGGAAGGCCGGUCGGGUAGAGUUGGAGGGAAAGUAAGAAAAUGUAAUCAGUUACUCUAAAACUAGAGAAAUAUCCCGAUGAGAAAAGAUUCAAAUAAAAAAACAUGUCUUUAUUGGCUGUUGUUGAAAUGUGAGCAGCUUCCUCUUCUUUUCUCUGGCAGCAGUUAACCACAUCAUCAGGAAAACACAUUGUAGGUUUGGGAGACGAGUAGAUCUCAGAUUGCUGUGGAAGCCGCUCAUCACAGAGAAACUUCACUUGGUUUUCUGAAUACCGGAGAGCUCUGUGCUGACCUUAGUAAAACUGGACUGGAGCUACAGUUAAUCCUGGAAAUCAUAGCUGAGAUUCAUUUUGACGAGUUUAGCAUCAUGACAGGAUCAGUCCAUGUCCACUACAUGAUGUUAGUUAGAGGAGACGGGAUGUUCCUGCAGGAUGGGGGAGAAAUUAUCGCCUCUUUUCGUGCCUACAUAUCUCAAUCUGUAAUCUGCGGCUAUAAAAGUGAAAUAAAGUUUUAACUGGUU